AUGGCGACAAAAAUGACUUUGGGAGAAGAGGCUGCAGCUGUCGCGCCGGUUUCACCAACUAAAAUUGAAAAGGAGAUAGCCAAGAAUAAACCAGCAAGCAUGGAAGAGAAGUUCCAUUCCGUGGGGAAAAUGGAAAAAGAGAGAGAGGAAAGAUGGAAAAUGAAACACGUGAAAGGAAAGCAGGAUAUUCCUGGACCUUUAGAGGGAAACGGCCAAAAACUUGAAGAUAUUCUGACUCUUAUACAAGACCUAAUUCUGCAUGAUGAUGAAGAGAAUAAGGAGAAAAAAUUGAUGGCAACCCCAGGAAAUCUGGAUAAUGUUGCGAAUGUAUCCAUGAUAUCACAGGGCAUUGCGGCCUAUAUAUCUACAUUGGAAGAUAAACAUCUUAAAAAACUUAGCACUAGAAUACUCUCUGAUACAACACUUUGGCUGUCAAGAUUAUUUAGGUUUCCAGAUUCUUCUAUUUAUUACCAUAGUGAUGACCGUGAGGGUCUAAUUCGAGUAUGUCGCCUGGUACUUCAUAAUAAGUAUGAAAAGUUUACUACGGAAGGAUUCAACGCUUUAUAUACUAAACCACCAGUGAUAUACGUCAGUGCCUCCGCUAGGCCUGGACUCGGACAGUAUAUGUGCUUUCAGCUUGGUUUACCACUAUCUAGUCUAUGUACAGUGCCGUGUAACACAGUGUUUGGUUCUCAACAUACCAUGGAUCUUGCGUCAUUAGAGAGACUCAUUAAAGAUGACAUAGCCUCCUCCAGAACACCUGUAUUACUAGUAGCCAAUGCAGGCACUCCACUAGCUGGCCAUACUGAUAAUAUCAAUCGACUUAGGGAGAUCUGUGAUAGCAAUGGAAUAUGGCUGCAUGUAGAAGGACAUAAUCUUGCAGCGCUGCCAUUGAGUGCACCGCCGUCAUCGGUUUUGGCUGCUAAGAAAGCUAAUAGUAUGACAUUGACACCAAGUGUAUGGUUGGGACUACCUGAAGUGCCAGCAGUUACCCUUUACAAAAUGGCCGACCCUGCCAUGUCAUUAGCUGCUGGUCUGUGCUCUUCCCAGUUACAUGAGAAGUUAUCAGCAUUACCACUGUGGGUCACAUUACAAUCUAUGGGACACAAAGGUGUCAUCAAAAAAGUCAAACUUGCAGCUGAUUUGAGUUUGCAUAUGGCACAAAAACUGAGCACACUCAGUACCAUACACCUAAAUGAGAAACCACCACAGCGAGACUCUGAGAUUGUUAUUGAGGGCUCGUUUAAGCAGGUUCUUGGUAAAACCAUCCAGCUUUUUUUACAAGACGAUGUGGUUUCCACGAUAGUCGUUUUCCGGUAUGAUGAAGAUAAAGGCAAACCUGGUGCUGAGAAAGCACCUUACUCUGUCGAUAGUGAUGUGAAGAGUGUAGACACGCCACUCAAAAAUAUGUACAAUAGUUUCAAUAGAUGGUUACAUGAGAAGUUAAGCAUUGAAGUUCCCAAAGUGAGAAUAGACCUGAUUGAAUCGGAUGUUGAAGGUGUUUGUUUGCGAUUCUCUCCUCUACAGUCAGUGGCAUAUCUUUGUACAAAGAGUGAGGAUGUCAACCAAUUUAUUGAAAGUUUGGAAAAAUAUGUGGUGCAAUUAAACUAUACAUUGAAAUGUAGAGAUAUAUUCCAGAAGGAAGUUGAUGCCAAAGAUAGCCUGUCAGUGGUGGAAGUAAAUGGUUUUGGUGGCAUUGGAGCUGUGCAAUAUAUUCCACAUCUGUGGGAAAGCAGGCUGGAUAACUUACCAGAUAAUGGGAAAUCGGAAAUAGAUAGCUUGAACUAUGAUUUAGUAUCGCGUCUCCAUUCCUUGGAGGAGGCCUACCUAUUCAGCGUACAGAAACAAACGAAUGGUACACUAUGCGUAGGUGUUGGCGUAUUGACUUCACACGUUGAAGUAGAAGAUUUAGUAGAAAUGAUUCAUACUAUCGGCAAGGAGGUAGAAGACUCGUCUAAGUUCUUAGAAACAAUGGCUGAAGUCAUUAGGAAAGGAAUUGUGACUGCAAAUGAACAGCUGAAGAAAGAAGAACAAGACAAGUUGAUGGAAGAGGGUGUAUUACGUCAAAUCCCAAUGGUUGGAUCGCUUGUCAACUGGUGGUCACCGUUACCAAAGGACGGCAAAAUGAAGGGAAGGUCAUUAAAUCUAAGCUCAGGUGAACUUGAGAGUACUGAAACAACAUACAAGUAUCAUAUGCAGAUUCAACAAAACAGCCCUGCUACUAGUCCAACUAAAAAGACCUCUGAAGCGAACUGUGUAUCCCCAGGAAACUCUCCCUUGCAAAAAAGUGCUGCAAAUACGAGUUCCUCAUCCAGUGACAAAGUCUGCGUCAUCACAGAUGAUUCAUCACUCUCAACAUCCAAUACAACCCAGAACUCUGAUGUAAAUAUUGCCGAAGAGAGCUUGAACAAUACCCGGGACCAACAAACUAAAAUAGACAAAGCUGUAGAAGCAAAGGAGAAUGGUGUUCCUGUACUUAUUAACCAAGUUGUUGCCACUGAAGAAUAAAUGAGCUUGGCACCUGGAUAAGAAACAAACGCAGUUGUAGUAAUUUAUUCUUAGAGAUCAACCUCAUCUCGAAGAGGCAUAUUAUAACUUUUUUUUUCUGUUUUCCUUAUGAAGGUGGCUUUUUUGCUCAGUUUUCAUGUUUUAUAUCGCUGGAACUAAAAGUUAUGUUGUAAGGGUGUAAAUUUGGUGAACAUGCACCUAUGAAAUAUAUGUAGAGAAUUAGUUGGUUAGUUUCAUUUGGUGAGCUAUACCAAAAAAACAACAGAAAAGUGCAGUCAUUCUUGUUCUCAAUUAGUUGGAUAUUGCAGUUGGAUUUUUUGACAUUUUUACUUGCAUAUCACAUUUGUCUAAAUAGCAAUAUAACUGAAAAAUAUUAAUGUAUCUCAGAUAAUGAUCACCCGUGUAAAUUAGAUAGUGAUGUACAUAUACCAUUUACUCAUGAUAUGCCAAUCACAUAAUCAUGUUUUGUUUUGUUUUUCAAUCUUCAUAAACACUUUCACGACAAUAACACUGAAAUACUGACUUUCAAUCUGUCAUUAUACUAAUGUAUACAUAAGUUUAUAAAACCAACCCAUCCACACUUUCCUUCCAUAAACACAAAUAAGACUCAUGCCAGUUUGGUUACAGUUAUCCAAAGGAAACAAGCUUCCAUUAGAUACAACAAUAUUAUUUUUUAGCAGUAGGGUAGUGACUGUAUGUUGGGUUGUCUUGGAUACCCUUUCUGUAACAUGCCUCCCUCAGCAAGUAUUGCUGGAUACCCUUUUGUGAUUGGGCCUCUCAUUGGGUUGUACUGGAUACCCUUACUCUAACAGACCCCCCUCAGUAGGUAGUGCUGGGUACCCAUUUCUGACAGGCCCCCUCAGUGGGUAGUGCUGGAUAACCGUUCUGUGACAGGCCCCCCUCAGUGGGUAGUGCUGGGUACCCAUUUCUGACAGGCCCCCCUCAGUGGGUAGUGCUGGGUACCCAUUUCUGACAGGCCCCCUCAGUGGGUAGUGCUGGGUAUCCUUACUCUGACAGGCCCCCCUCAGUGGGUAGUGCUGGAUACUUGUACUCUGACAGGCCCCCUCAGUGGGUAGUGCUGGGUACCCUUACU